ACCAAAUCGCCUCGUUUCGGCUAAACAACGAGCAAACGGACAAUUAUCUAUAAUAAUCAUCAUUUAUUUUACGUAUAAUAUUAUUUUAGCGCUUGCAAAAAAUAACAGAAAAUAUUUCACGCACAGAUUAUUAAAUGAUAUAAUUUUACGUGUGAAAAAAGGUUUUAUAUUUAAUUGUGAUGUUUAAAAAAAAGUCUGUGUUUAGAAUUUAUUUUUAAAUAAUGUAAUUGUUAUGAUUUAAAAUAUUGAUUCGAAUUUUAAAAAUGGAAGAAACACGCAGUGACUCGCCCGGAGAUACGAACCGUCAAGAACACAAUUCGAAAACUUCUUUUUUAAUUGAAGAUAUACUGUAUCGUGGGCAAAGGACGUUCAAGCAACCGGAUCCGAGAAGGUUUGAUUACGAACGGGAACCGAAAUAUUUUCCAGUAGCCAACGAUGUUCGGCCAGUGCCCAGGGAAGGAUCUUACUUGCAAGUGGCUAUGGGGGCCUUAGGAGCCUAUCUGCACACACCGAACACAUACAAAGCUGUCGAAACUCCGUAUUUCCUGUCUCAAGGAGUGCCCUACCACGCCCUCUUCACACCGUCGGAGCUGUCACUCUCUGCGUUGAAGCAUUGCCGUCGAAGGAAAGCGAGGACCGUCUUCUCAGAUCCACAACUAACAGGUCUAGAGAAGCGAUUCGAAACCCAACGAUACUUGUCAACACCAGAGAGGGUGGAGUUAGCUGGUGCCCUCAACCUCUCCGAAACGCAGGUGAAGACCUGGUUCCAGAACAGACGGAUGAAGCACAAAAAGCAAAUGAGGAAACAGCAACAACAGAGAAGUUCGACUGCAGUGGAUUUCACAACAAAACAUCCUUCACAAGCUGGGGAUGACUCACGAAUAUCGACCACCCAUACAUCCGACUCCGAAACGGAUCACAGUGACAGCGAUAUCGACAUCGUAGGCGAGUCGAGCUACGCACAACACUAUACUGGAUCGUAA